CAUCAAGUGUCACGAUUGUUUUUCCUCUAUAUGCGAACUAAUAAAUAUUAAAUUCAACAUUUUUCUCGUCUUAUCUAUUCGUCUUAGUGACCUCUUAUCGUUCAACUAUUAAACAGCGCAAUCAGGCGAGACGCGACACUUCUGUCAAUAGGGAAGAGUGGGGAGAGACGCGAUCAGAUGAUCCGAUGACAGACAGCAGACACACAUAUAUCACACAUAUGUUUUCACGGAAUGCUUGAUAAAUCUAACGGAAAAUGGGGAAUUACCGGUGUAUCGUGCAUUAUUUCGCCAUAACGCAGUGGCUUUCGCAAAUAUUGGGGCAAAAGUGACAUCUCGGAUAUCACUCGUAACUCGCAGGGAGACUCGAGCUCAUGCAUUUAUUUAUUUAUUUUGUGUCCUUGCGGCAGACACAUACAAUGUAGAAUCUCCUAACCUCGCAUCCGCAUGAAUAAACUCGACAGGAGUAGGACUCGCGGAAGAUCUGUAAAGCACAGUGCAAAAGACAUUUCGUAUUUUACUUCGUUCCCACUUCGUCCCCAUUAAUCGAAACGCAUCGAUCGAAUUUCACGAUGAACGAGAAUCCGGAGAACAUUACCUCGGAAUCGUUCUACGCGCUGGUAGUCGCCUUUGAAACCAUGAAGGAACGUUGUCAACGAUUGCAGACGCGGCUGACAGCGGUGGAGAAGGAAAACAUGUGUCUUAGGCUUGGAAGAAAUGCGUCGACAGCAAUCGUCAAAGCAGAUAACAGCAAUGACGAGUCUACGCUACAGGAAAAGAUUGAGGAACUUACAAAACAAAAAUCUCAGCUGUCCGAUCACAUGUUUAUGGUAGCAGCAGAAAAUCGUCAGUUAUGGAACAGAUUAACGAGAUUGACAAAGACCAAUAAAUCUCUUGGUAGUCAGUUGAUUAAAAUCUCAGAUACACUUAAACAGCAUCCUGCUAUACAGCCAUCUGAUAUUACAUCGUACAACUUUCGUGAUGUAUCUAAUUUGGAUAAAUCAGAUGCUAAUAAGAAAUAUUUAUUAACUACAGAUGGUGAGAAGGAACAAAGUUUGGAAGAAAUAUCUCUUCGAUUGAUAAAUAGUAUUAUGUUAGAAAAAUCUGAUCUUGAGCAACAAUAUGCCGAGAUGGUGGAGUUACAGAAUAACUCGGAAUUGAAUUUACAAAAAAUUGGUUUUACAUAUCCAGAAGAUUCCGAUACAGAUUCAUUGGAACAAAUGAAACAGGUUGAAAUUCGCUUGUUCCAAGCUAAAGAUGCCUUACUCGGACAGCAAACUAGAUUAAAAAGGACCUUGCAGAACCUUAAAAAAAUGAGAAAAGGUACAACAUGUAAUAAUUGUCGAGAAAAAGCAAAUAAAAAAUUGUGUCAAACAGGUACACAAUUUGAUUCCAGUGAUAGCUUCAAGGAGCAUGAAGCUACUCAAACUAGUCUUACGACACCCAGCAUUUCUAUGGAAAAAUAUCCUAACUUAAAUGAUAAUAUAGAUUCAGAUAUCAAUACAUGUCCAUUGUGUGGUAUUGUUUAUGGAAAAUCCAAAUUAUUUACGGAAUUCCAUGAACAUGUCUUAAGUCAUUUUACCAAGGAAGUGUCUACAGAUGAUUUUGAGCUUGUACAUUGACUUUAGUAUUUGAAUCAAUACUGAUUUAUUAUUUAUAAUAGUUUUCUUCAGAGUUUGUAUAUAAACAAAUUUGACGAGAUACAAAAUAUUAAAAUAGAUAAAAUAUGUACAAUAUGACAAACUGUAAGCGCAACAUAGAAAACUGUGAAACAAAGGAUGACUCUAUUGCAAUAUAAAGAUUUUAUUUUUGUAUCAAUAAACUCAGUUGUAAAUUUAAAAUUAGGAUCUACUUUUCAUUAUAUCAGAAAUAAUUAUAAAUAGUAAAAAAAUAUGAAUAUUUAUGUAAUAAAAACACUACAACAUUUAUAGUUUCUUUUUAUAUUAAUAUAAUUUAUUAUUCAACGAAACAUAUUACUUACGAAGUGUAAAAAAUUCUAAUUUCCGAAAAUUUCAUAGGUGAGAACAUACCAACUUUUAAAAGUGGAAGAUUGAAUU